AGAGUAAAUAAAUCACUUCCGGAAAACAGCAUAUUGACAAUGUAAAAACUAGACCACUUGUCAGAUGCACCCUCCCUUUGGGGUGAUGUCACCAGAAAAAGGUCAAUCAACCAAGAAGUGAAUGCUAUUGCAGUGGAAUAUUUUAUUUUUUAAUUUAUUCUGGAAUCAUUUGCGGGAAUCCAAAAUGAAUCAAAAUGGUCCAACAAAUCCAAAUGUGGAGGCAGAAAAUAACAAUAAUGGACCAACCCGCAAUACAGGGAGACGAGGUCCAACAAACCCCCUGUUAAAUGUGAGAGAUAGACUCUUCCAUGCUCUCUUCUACAGAAUAGCUCUCGCGUAUGCAAGAGCUUUUCCAAGAUCAAUACGAAGAGUGAUAGAGUUUGCAAUACUUUUAAAGGCUUUGCUUGUGCUAGGUAUCCUUGCCUACAUUCAUAUCGUAUUCGCCCGCACUCCAAUCAAUUGUCUACAGCAUGUGCAGAAAGUCUGGCCCAGAAAUGGCAUACUUCGGGUGGAGAUUGUAAGAAACGCCUCCGAAAACUACACCAUAAUGAAUUCAUAUGAGAAAGAAUAUGCAGACUUUGGGGCCAUGUACAUAGAAGGGUUGUUGACAGAGAUGGAGGAUGUGGAGAUAGACCAUUCUGAAGAGGGAGGGGGUGUGGAGGUCGUUCGUCACAUGGUGAAGCCUAACUACACCUUCAUUCAUGUCAAUGGGCAACAUGGCUUGGAUGCGGAAGUCACUGACAAGGAAGAAGCUAUCAAAGAUGAGCAUGAGGACACUGAAUCAGUGAAUGCAGGGAAUUCCACUGACAAUAGAAGUGACACUGUGCCAGUAAAGACUACUAAAUAUACUGUUCCAUACAGAGAAACUCUGUCUGAAUUGGAGAUGCUGGCUAAAGUUGUUUGGCCAGAAGAGAAGUACAUAGUAGAGUAUGCACUGGAAUAUGGCUUCCUGCGGCUGUCACCGAAGACACGACAGAAACUGAACAUCACGGUGAUGUUGGUCACUCUAGACCCAGAAAGAGAUGAGUGCUUUGGUGAUCCAUUCAGUCGAUUCCUGCUAGAUGAGUUCCUAGGGUACGAUGACAUCCUCAUGUCCAGCAUCAAAGGGUUGGCGGAGCAGGAAGAUAAUAAAGGUUACCUGCGCAAUGUGGUAUCAGGAGAUCAUUAUAGGUUCAUUAGCAUGUGGAUGGCCAGGUCAUCAUACGUGGCCGCAGCGUUCAUCAUGCUGGUCUUUACUGUGUCGGUGUCCACAUUGUUGAGAUACUCCCACCACCAGAUCUUCAUGUUUAUAGUGGACCUCCUUCAAAUGUUAGAGAUGAACGUUACCAUAGCGUUUCCUGCUGCCCCACUUCUGACAGUUAUCUUGGCCCUUGUUGGCAUGGAGGCGAUAAUGUCCGAGUUUUUCAACGACACCACCACUGCCUUCUACAUCAUCCUAAUAGUAUGGAUUGCAGACCAGUAUGAUGCUAUUUGCUGCCACCAGAACAUUAGCAAACGACACUGGCUACGGUUCUUCUACCUGUACCACUUUGCCUUCUAUGCCUACCACUACCGAUUCAAUGGCCAAUACAGUGGGCUGGCCUUGUUUACAUCCUGGCUUUUUAUUCAGCAUUCCAUGGUGUACUUCUUCCAUCACUAUGAGCUGCCUGCCAUACUCCAGCAGGCUCAGAUACAACAACUGCUGAACAGGAACCGGUCCCGAGGAGGGGCCGGGAACCAGAAUCCAGCCAAUCAGAACGCUGCAAACCCUGACACUGGCUCCCCCGACGCGACUGCUGCUGAUAGCGAUCCAAUCAUGAAUGGGGGGCCCCUCUUGAAUGGCCAUAUUGCCACGGAGAUUUUGAACCCGGUUGAGAAUGGUCACAUCCUGCAGAAUAAUGUGGAUCAGGAGUUACUCAAUGAAAUCUUCGAUGGAGUAGAUGAUGUACAGGUGGAAGGCUUUAAUAUUGAUCAGCAGCUUCUGCAUAACUUGGAAGAGGAGAUCCAAGAAAUUCAGAAUCAUCAUAAUCAGGCUGUUAAUAGUGGCUUGACUUUGUCUGCCACAAGUGUGAUGAACAAUGUGGUAGAAGAUCUACCUAGUGCUAGUGGAAUGGCUUUUUCACCAACUUCACAAGAUGUAAAUGUUGCAAAUAACACAGAUCUAGGUGCACAUUCUAAUACAAACUGUGACCCUCGCUUGACAUCUAGUGGUGAUAGUUUAAGUUCAGACUGUGAGACGCAGUCUAAGUCAUGUAAUUCUGUUAACAAAUCAGAUAAAGGUGAUUUUCAAGAUAAACAUAUGGAUGCAAUGGCAAGCAAUUUUGGGUCUUUCAAUGGUGCAAUAGUAGAAAAUACAACUGACAGAGGAAAUUCCUUAAGAUAUCGUGGAAAUGCAUCUGCUCAAGUUCCCACAAGUGAUGAUAGUGAAGGAACUGAAGUGUAAAGAAAACGAUAUUAAUGCAUUUUGACCUUCAUUUUGUAGGUGGAGUUGUGGUUCUUAUUGCUUUUGUUACCAGUCAUCUUUUUAUGCUCCCUGUAUAUAUAUAUAUAUAUAUAUAUAUAUAUAUAUAUAUAUAUAUAUAUAUAUAUAUAUAUAUAUAUAUAUAUAUAUAUAUAUAAUAUUAUAUCUAUAUCUAUAUAUAUAUGGGAAGCAUAUAGUAGUUGCCAGUUUGGGUAUCCUUACUUACUUCCGUCACACUUUUGUUACCGUUUCUCAUAGCGCCUUCAAUAUUUUGCCGAUCUCUUACAUAUUUGGCAUGUAGGUACCUUGCAUGGACCUCUACCUUUUGAUGAUGUUUGAGGUCACUGGGGUCAAGGUCAAGGUCACCGAGGCUAAAAAUAGAUUUUUCCGUCACAAUUUUGUUACAGUUUCUCAUUCAAUAUUUUUCCGAUCUCUUACAUAUUUGGCAUGUAGGUACCUUGCAUGGACCUCUACCUUUUGAUGUGGUUUGAGGUCACUGGGGUCAAGGUCACCAAGGCUAAUAAUAGAUUUUCUCAAGGUCACACUUUGGUUACAGUUUCUCGUAGCGCCUUCAAUAUUUGAUGGAUCUCUUAUAUAUUUGGGAUGUAGGUACCUUGCAUGGACCUCUACCUUUUUGAUGAGGUUUGAGGUCACUGGGGCCUGGGGUCAAGGUCAAUCUCAAUGAGGCUAAUAAUAGAUUUUUUCAAGGUCACACUUUUGUCCACACAUUUAAACCAUAUAUCGAAAGCAUCAAUUGGGAACAUCCAUCAGUUUUACUGAUAUCCUUGUUUUAUUUUAUGCCUGUCUUUAUUUUCAUAUUGUGUUCUCGCAUGAAAAUUUUUGUGAUAACCGGAAUCAAUAGUUUUAUUAUUCAGAUAAUUAAACAAUUUACCCUUG